AUGACACAGUCGCUCGCGCCGAGCCCGGCAUCGCCGCUCAGCCCCGACACCGCCAUCAACAAGGCAUCGUCCCCCGAGAAAGCCAAGCUGCUCUCUGAGCCGCGACGUGCACCUCGUUCCCCUCGUUCUCCCACCACUGCAUCCGACUCUUCGCCCAUGUCCCGCAGCCAUCCGCACCCAUUGUCCCAACCUCCGAUAAACGCAUCUGGACCACAGACACCCGGAACGACUACUCCUGCAGCGCUGCCUUCACCUCUCCCCGUCCAACCCCUCGUCAAAUCGCAAAGCGACGCUCCCAAGGACCGUGGACUUCCCAGGCGCCGUUCGUCGUUCCCGCCGGGCGUAGGAUGCUCGGUCACCGGGGCCGGUUCUCCUACUUCCAACGGCGACGGAGCUGCAGCCCAGGCGUUCCCCUGGGUUGUCGGAGGUACCCCGUCCGGGCAAUCGUUCAACUCGCUCAUGUCUCGCGAUCAAAUGUCCGAAUACGGCAACAACCUCGAGACUUCCAAAGGCAACAGCCCGUGGGAUGGAUCUCUGAAGCUGGAUGAGGCCAAGACUACGCCUUCGAAAGAGUCGCAAGUCACUCCCUCCCCAGCUUCCAAAGGUGUGUCGAAUGUCGAGGGCACUAGCCUGACAAACGCAGUCAACCUGUCCCUGUCAUCAAAGGCAAUGUUGCGAACGCCCUCUAUGGAGAGGACGGCAUCCGGGUCGGAACACGGAUGGAGGGUGCUGCUCAACCGCAACCUCGACGUUGAAGGCAUGGGAAGCAUCGGUGUGGCCAGGCUGAUGUCUGAGGUUUGGAAGCGGGGAGGACCGGAAGCUGUAUCCAGCCAGAACCUCUGGCCGAGCGUUGUCAUGUCGUUGACAUUGUCGCCCGAACACGGAUCUAGCAUCAGACAGACUGCAUCCAAUGCAGACGCUGCGUCGGCAUUGCAGAAGGCGUACGAAACGAACAUCCGCCAUCAGGAGUCCCUGGUAUUUGCCGGCUUCUUAGCGAACUAUCUGGCCACUACGGCGCCACCGGCUGUUAACGCCUUCCAGGGUACUAAGGUCUACGGAGAGUCUACGCCGACUAUGGAGAUCGACUUGUCACAGUGGACCACCUUCACUCCUGGUGAGGAAUGGCCGUCACUGUCAACGACGUUACCUUCGGGUCCGGGACUCACGCCACGACGUGAAAUCACACCGAAUCUGGGCCUUCCGCCAAUCGAUCUGUCUGAAAAUCUUGAAACCAUGUCCCGGUCCAACUCUAGAGGAGGAAUGGAUGGCGCCGGUGGCUUGAACGAAAUCCUAGCCCAGAUCGAGGAGAACAACACGCAACGAGAAACUCAAAGCGAUAUGUUCGAGUCCAUUGGUGGAGACUGGGGAAGGACCAGCAACAUCUCGAGCACAGCGCAGAGCAGUUUGCAGCUGGGCACUCCUGAGACAAACAUCGUGGAACUCGACAAGGCUCCGCCAUCAACAGGACCGAAGAGCGUGUUCCUCGACGAAUCGUCCAGCUCGAACUCGCCGGUCGACCAGGCGAUCGGAUCGUCGCUGAAUGUUUCCCCGCAUGUUUCUUCUGGAUCGCUGCUCUCAGCUUCGACUGUCAGCUCGAAUCUACCUGUCGCUCCGCAGCAGCAGUACUCUCAACAAACGAUGAUGCAGCAGCAAGCGCAGAUUCAACCCGGUUCGAGGCAAGCCCAACUCCAGCCGCAGCCUCAACCUCAGCAGAUCAACCAGCAACAGGCGCAGCACAUGCAGCAGCCGCAGGCUAUCGCUCCUCGGCCUUCUAGCGCGCGAAGAGCACCGCCGCCAUCACAGAUCGCUCUGGCGCCGGUACCAUUCAUCCCGCCCCCACCCAUGUGCAUGUUCUUCACUCCUGCGUUCCGGGAUCUGCAGAAGGGCAAGGUCGGAGUAUGGAAGGGCGACCUGGAGAUUCGCGGCCGCGGAGGUGGCAAGUUCAACGUGCUCAUCGUCGGUGAGGAGGGCUCAGACCAUCUCUGGCAAUCCCACACUUGGUCCGACUCGCUCGUGUACCCUCCCCAGCCAACACUCACGGAGAGCUGCACGGCGACGAUGAUUCCGGUCUCGACGCUGGCUCGCGAGGGCUUGCUUCCUGUGACGAUGGGCAUGGUGCUCUGCAAUGACGAGAACAUCGCGCCCUUCGUGCAGAUGGUGCAGGGCCUGCACGCAGAGGGCGUCGCGUUCCACCUUCCACUCCCCGGAUCUGGACUGCCCAUCGUCUUCCUGCCCGCAAAGUUCGACGCCACGGACCAGCUGCAGCGCCUCGGCGUCGCCUUCAUGGCGAAGGGCGGUAUUGCGCCGAUUCCACCCCGCCCGUCGUUCAGCAGCGAAGAGAAGGCGAAGAGUCCCGUGUCACCGCCGAAGAAGCGGCGCAAAUCGAACUCGGUCGGUCAGACACGCACGUCGGCGCGCCGAAAACAGACCUAA